AUGCCCCAACUCACCAGAGACGCCGACUUCAUUGAGCGCUGUGCUAUCUACAGAACCAUUCUAGCCAAAUACACAAACUACAACCUCACGGUAAAGUUCGGUUCGCCAGUUACUGCUGAGGUUUUAUCCAGUGCCUUGAAGUCAUUGAUGAGAAAGCACGUCUUCCUCACCUACAACUUCCAAAAAACCGGGUCGAAGCCCUUCACUGAAACCUUGGGUCAUGAUUAUCAGCUUGUCACUCCUCAGUACAUUCGUUUUGAGGAUGUGGUUUCGUUCGAGAAAAUUGACAAGUUGGAUGGCCAUUUCUUGGGCAAGAUCAACAAGAUUUGUAUUCCAAGCAACUUGCCAAAUCACCCACUUUGGAGAAUCAAAGUCUUAGAAUUGGCUAACGGUGAGCAACACUUGAUGGUGAUUUUCGACCAUGCCUUGACUGAUGGAGAAUCUGGAAGUCAAUUUCUCAGUGAUUUAGCCAAUGAAUUAUCUGAUGUCACAUCAGAAACCUACGAGGAAUACAUUUUUGACUUGAAAAGAGAUGCAGAUGUGGUACCCGAGAAACCAACUCCUUCCAGUGAGAGUUUGGGUAUGUUUAAAGUUCCAUUUCCAAUGAGAAUGGUGCUCAACUGUCUUCCUGUUAUCAUGUUUCUUGGGAAGGCUUCUGCCUAUGUGAGAAGUUUCUUUCCUUACCAUCAAAUCAAGGCAAACUACAACGUGAAUCCCUUAUUCGAAGUUAAAUUCGGUCCUGAUCAAGGAAUGAACGCUGGAUUUUUUUCCAUUGACAACAGUAAGUUAGAAGUUAUUCUCAAGAAGUGCAGAUCUCAAGGUUUAACUUUGACUCCAUAUAUUAAUACCAUUGCCAUUUCAGUAUUAGAGGAAGUUGUCUACCCUUGCAUUUCCAAGAAGAAUUGGGCUUCUAACUUUACUCUUGCCAUGAGUGCUAGAAGAUUCCUCGAUCCUUCUCCCAAAUUCCAAUAUGGUAAUAUUUCAACUUUCGAUAGAAUCGAAUUGUCCCCAGUCAAGAACAAUGAGUUGAACGUGAUGAAAUACAUUUCUAAUGCUAUAAAGCACCAAAUUGAUACAAAAAUGAAGGGUGGAUUAGCUUUCUUAGGUAUGAUCAAAUACUGGAGUGUUUUCAAAGUUUUCGAGCUUAUGUUGGGUGGGCCAAGAACUACAUUUGUCAUGUCUAACCUUAGAGUCAUGGAUGAAACUCACGGUAAGUACAAGAUUCUUGAUGUUAUUUUUAACCAGUCUGGUACUGGACAUUACUUUGGUAUCAAUGUGAUUUCUACCCAAGUUGGAGGGCUUUCUGUAACUGUCAAUUGGGAUGAUGAGUUUGAUAAAAUUCACGAAGAUAAAAGACAAAUCAUGGACAUUUUUCUUGAGAAAUUCGAGGAAAGGUUAUUGAAUUUUGAAAUUUAG